ACAAUGUAACAUCCCCUUGAGCAGCGAAACUGAUACAAAUGCACGCGACAACUGUCUGUUGUUGUCCAUGCUUUUACAUUUCACCAUGACCCCAAUGGAAACAAUGGUCUUUAGCUAACAAAAACCGGAUACAGGGACCAAGUGUCUGCCAUGGCAGCAGGCGUCAGUUUGUUGAGUGACCUGCCCUACUCCACCGGCAGUUCAGCUAACAGCAGAGAGUCCAGCACUGGCAUGGAGCCAGUGAAUGUCAGAGUACCCACUGCAAAGUACACCAAGGUGGGCGAGACUUUGAGGCAUGUCAUCCCAGGACAUAUGCAGUGCUCCAUGGCAUGUGGUGGUCGAGCGUGCAAAUACGAAAACCCCUCUCGCUGGAGCGACAAAGAACAAGCCAUCAAAGGACUGUACUCCUCCUGGAUAACUGAUAAUCUGUUAGCCAUGGCAAGACCUUCAACUGAAAUCAUUGAAAAAUUCAACGUCAUCGAACAGUUUCAUGCGUGUGGCUUAAAGACAAUAAUCAACCUGCAGCGUCCAGGGGAACAUGCCAGCUGCGGCAGCACUCUGGAGCCAGAGAGCGGUUUCACCUAUCGCCCAGAGGUUUUCAUGGAGGCGGGGAUUUAUUUUUAUAACUUUGGCUGGAAGGACUAUGGCGUGGCAUCCUUGACUACUAUCCUUGACAUGGUGAAGGUGAUGUCAUUUGCCAUGCAAGAGGGGAAAAUGGCUAUCCACUGCCAUGCUGGACUUGGCAGAACAGGUGUCUUAAUAGCAUGCUUCUUAGUAUUCACAUCCCGGAUGAGUGCAGAUCAGGCCAUUUUGUUUGUUAGAGCUAAACGUCCAAAUUCCAUUCAGACUCGUGGCCAACUGUUGUGUGUGCGAGAGGUCGCCCAGUUCCUUGUGCCACUGCGGAGUGUAUUCCCGUGUGCCGAGCCCAAAGCUCACAUGGUCACGUUGUCUCAGUACCUGACUCGUCAGCGGCACCUGCUGCACGGCUAUGAAGCACGUCUCAUGAAGAACGUGCCAAAGAUCGUACACCUGGUCUGCAGGCUCCUACUGGACAUAGCAGAGAACCGGCAAACGGUGGAAGAGGAGGUGUUGGACAUCCCGGACCUCACAGAGGAAGUGGAGAAGACUGUCUCGCUGCAAGCCCUAAAGCAGUUAGGGAAGGAGAUGAGGGGGAAAGGAAUUCCCAUAUCCUCACCUCACUCUCCCGACCAACCCAGCUUGCUUCUUAAAGAAAGCCAGUGUGAUCCACCUCAUGACCGGCCACUCUGUAGCGACCAGGAAUUUGAUGUGCUUUGGAGAUGGCCGACGGUAGACAAUACCUACAAGUCUCAGCUCAUCUUGAGGAAAUGCUUUAGCUAUAGCGACUCCGCCUUGCACAAACUGGAUUCCACGGUGCAGGUACUACAGAGUCCCCAGAAUGCUCUUGGCUGCAAAUCUGGGUUAAACUUUACAGAGGUUUAUGGGUCGCAGAGCAGAUUAGCUACACAAACCCCUGACCUUCUGCCAUCCCCGUUGACAUCCGAAAUCAACAGCAGUCCCAAACAUGGCUCUUUAACUGGUUCCUGUAGCUCCCUGGUACAAUCCAAAAAAGUUGAAGGCCAAGCAUCCUGCUCUCCUGUCUCCAUAAAACGGGUACCUCUGAAGGAGGCAAAGCGCAGCAUGUCUUAUGGGUUUUUAGGGAGGACCAGUGACAGCAUGUUUUCAAUGCGUCAAGGUGGCAAAAGUCACCCCAGCCCUAAUGAAAACACAACCUCUGAUGUCACACAACAGUUGACAGAUGUUCCUACGCUGACGCUUCAAAGUGAACUCCCACCUGAGACUCGUCGACUGUUUGUGGCCAAAGCUCUGACGAUGGACAUCGAUGGAGAUGACCUCAGGAACACAGUCUCAAUGUGGCAGACAGAGCUGAACUCCCGUGAAGGUGCAUGGGAGAGGUUGUGCACCGAGAGAGAUCCUGUGGUGCUCUCCACGCUCAUGUGGUCUUGGCUAGAACAACUCAAGGAGCCAAUCAUCACAAAAGAGGAUGUGGAGACUUUGGCUGGAAACAGAUUCAAUCCCCAACAUGCUCUGAAUUCACUGGACAAGGGACAAAAACAGACCCUUCUGUGUAUUCUUGACUGUGUUGCUCAUUUGCUUAAAAUACCAGAAGAGGUUGAGAAUGCCUUUUUUGAACGUACAAUCAAAGCAUUCACUUGGAUUUCCUCAGAUUCGGAGAACGGACAGUUAAUCUGUAAGACUCUGAAAGACGUCAUGAUUCCUGUACUCCAUGAUUUGAGAACAAAAGCAAUGGAGGAGCUUGACCUGACCUGCCACUGUUCCCAUGUACCCUGAUCAAGAUGGUGGGAAACUGAAAUCUGGAGUCUACUGUAAUUUUGUAGUUGAAAAAGAAAGACACAAACUAACAGAUUUACUGUUUUUUUCUGUUUGACUACUCAUUAAAAAAAUGUAUUUUGUUGUCUUUUGAGAGAACAAUAAUUACUGCCAUACAUGAAUGUGCCACAAGGUUUUGUUAGGCUAUUUUUCUAAUUGGUUUUUCUUAAUAGUUUAUUUUUGAUACACAAUAUUUAUUAGCUAACUGAGGAAACUAUUUAUUAAUAAGUAUGUCAUGUAUUUAUUUUUAUGCUUUUGUUUGGCUCUA